UAGAAAUUGAUAAACCCGUUGCUUAUUUUAAAAUAAAUGAUAAUUUUAUUGUUGAAAAGUUAUAUGAUCCUCGUUCAACACCAGCUUUUUUAGACAGAAAUAAAAAUAAACCGGAUGAUUUAUUUAGAUGGUCUUAUGAUGUAUCAAAUAUGUACAAAAAUAAUGGUCAACUAUUUGUUUUUGUUACAAUGUCACGAAUAAACUUUGAUGAUGAUAUGAAGGAGGGUAACAAACCCGAUGAUGAUAUGAAGGAGGGUAGCAAACCCGAUUAUAAAAGAGAGAAACUUAGGAAACAUGAAUAUAAUAUACAACCAAGAACUAAAAGUGAUGAUAUAUCCAAACAAAAUGACGACAAUGAAUUACAAAAUGAUGUUCAUCUUGACAUUGAUAAUGAGUCACAAAAUGAUGAAAAUAAAGGAAAAGAUGAUGAAAAUAAAGAAAAAAAUGAUGAAAAUGAAAAAGAAAAAAAUGAAAAAAAUAAAAAAGGAAUUGCUAUUUAUCGUAUUGAACUAAAUGAAGAUAAAGAAAACGGAGAGUACGAAAACGGAGAGUAUGAAAACGGAGAGUAUGAAAACGGAGAGUAUGAAAACGGGAAGUAUGAAAACGGAGAGUAUGAAAAAGAAGAAAAGGAAAAUGAGGAAGAAGAAAAAGGAAAUGCGGAAGAAGAAAAGGGAAAUGAGAAAAAUUAUUCUCUUAAAGCUGUGACUUGUUAUUAUUCUUAUAACAUUUCAGGAAUAUGUAGAUUCAUAGAAGAUUCAAGUGAAGAAAAGGAAGAUGAGAAGGGAAGUAAGGGAAAAGAAAAAGGAAAGGAAGAUAAUGUUCCAAAAGCUGAAGAAGCUGAUGUAGACAAAUCACGUGACAAAGAUAAUAAAUUGAAAAGAUUUAUAGUUUUGAAUACUCAUGGGAUAUAUAAUUUUAAAUUUAGUGAUAAUUAUGAUUCUUUUAAAAUGGAUGAGAAAUUUGAAUAUCCAGAAAGUUUAAAAUGUAGAUUGAAUUAUUAGUAUACGGAUAGAAAUGAAGGUUGCAUGAGACGACUUCUUUCGUGUAUCUAUGAUAAUUAUUUUUUGGUCACAUUAUACAAAAAAGAUAUUGAAUCAUUCGAAGUUUAUAAUUUCGAAAAAAUGGAAUUAGUAACUACUGCAAAAAGAAUUAGA